AUGUCACAGGUCACCGACGAUCAACCUUCUUCAUCUGUAUCGUUAGCUACGUGGAAGCAUCCACUUGAGAUGGAACUGGCGGACCCUGAAUUCUUCACAUCUGGUCCGAUCGAUUUGGUUCUGGGUUCACAAUUCUUUUACGACUUCCACCUUCUCGAUGGUGGCCGGCUACAAAUACGGAAAUUCGAUGACACUCUGCCAGUGUUCGUCAACACGGUGUUUGGAUGGGUAGCCGCAGGUGAAUCGGAAUGCAAGGAAGAUCUACCGAAGGUCAGUUGUCAUCUAGCAAUAAUGGAGACAUUGGAUAAGAAUAUUGAAAGGUUCUGGACCAUAGAGGAGCUAGCAGAGACGAAACCAAGGUCACAGGAAGAAGCAGAUUGCGAAAUGCAUUUCCAGCAAACUACAACUAGAGAUGAAACAGGAAGAUACGUUGUUCAAUACCCAAAGCGUAUCGGUUUCAAUGAGUUAAUUGGCGAAUCAAAAGGUACAGCACUUCGACGGUUCCAGCAGCUAGAGCGAAGAUUGGAAAAGGACGCUGCCAUACGGAAGCGGUACAACGAAUUCAUGCAGGAGUACAUACACUUGAAACAUAUGAAGCCAAUAGGUACACUAGACAACGUGGAAGAUCACGGAAGAACGGUUUGCUACCUUCCCCAUCAUCCGGUGUUUAAGGAAUCGAGCACCACUACGAAACUACGCGUAGUUUUCGACGGUUCGGCAAAAACUUCUACAAACUACUCUCUCAAUGAUGCUCUACUCACAGGACCUGUCAUCCAGGAUGAUCUUUUGGACUUGAUACUUCGAUUCCGCAAAUAUCCGAUCGCUUUGGUGGCGGAUGUUGAAAAAUGUACCGGCAAAUCAGAGUCCAUCCAGAGGACACUUGUCUCCAACGUAUAA